CUUUGUUUUUUUUUCCCUCUCUUGCAACUUGUUUUUGGCUUUCGAAAGUGGUCACUGUUUAUAAAAGUUUUUACUGGUUUCUUUUUUUUUUUUUCCCCCCUACUUCCCAGAGACGUGGUUGCCUUGCUUCUACAUCACCCUAUAAUGUUCUAGCUCAGAAUAAUAGCCUUAAAAAUCUGUCCAAAUUCUUCUUGGGCUAGUGAACCUAGUCCUACUAUAUAAAACUCAAGGUUUUGUUCUAUAAGUAGCACAGUACUUUCCAUUCCAUACUGUUUCAUAUCCAAGUCAUAGCCAUACAAAAACAAUGACAUUCUCUUGGUUUUUCAUAAUGGUUUUCUUCCUGCAUUUCUGUUUCUUCUUUCUUGUAACGCAAGGCAGACUAAAUAUUCAUGCUGAGCCUAAUCAUUUGCAUAUAAUUUCUAGAAUUUCAUUUCCACCAUCUCCAGCACCUGAUGAGGCUGCUAUUAGCCCAAGUUAUAGUGCAGGUCCUGUUCAUUAUACAGCCAAUUUUUUCAACGUAAGAUCUUUUGGUGCUGUUGGGGAUGGAACUAGGGAUGAUACUCAAGCAUUUAAGAUGGCUUGGGACACUGCUUGCGAAGCAGAAGAACCAGCAGUAGUUCUUGUUCCUGAAGGUUAUUCAUUUAUGAUACAGUCCACCAUAUUCACUGGGCCUUGUAAAUCUGCCACAACAUUUCAGAUUGAUGGAACAGUAAUGCCACCAGAUGGACCAAAAUCCUGGCCGAAAAGUUACAGUAAGAGGCAAUGGCUGGUUUUCUAUAGAAUUGAUGGAAUGAAGAUGCAAGGGAGUGGUGUUAUAGAUGGCAGAGGAGAAAAAUGGUGGAAUCUUCCAUGCAAGCCUCACAAACAUGGAAACAAUGGAACACAAAAUUCUGGUCCCUGUGAUAGCCCAGCUGCCAUAAGGUUCUUCCUGAGCUCCAACUUGACAGUGCAAGGACUAAUCGUUAAGAAUAGCCCACAGUUUCAUUUCCGGUUCGAUGGUUGUCAAAAUGUACAUGUAGAAUCACUUACAAUAAAAACACCAGCUUACAGUCCAAACACAGAUGGAAUUCACAUAGAGAACACAAACCAUGUGAAGAUAUACAAUUCACUAAUCUCCAAUGGAGAUGACUGUAUAUCAAUUGGAGCUGGUUCUUAUAAUGUUGACAUAAGAAAUAUCACAUGCGGUCCAAGUCAUGGAAUAAGCAUUGGAAGCCUUGGUAAUCAUAACUCUCGAGCUUGUGUAUCAGAUAUAACCGUGAGUGACUCGGUCAUUAAGACCUCCAACAAUGGGGUCCGAAUCAAAACUUGGCAAGGUGGGUCAGGAGCUGUGUCAAGGGUUAUCUUCCAAAACAUACAAAUGGACACUGUCCGGAACCCAAUCAUAGUAGACCAAUACUACUGCCUCAGCAAGAAGUGCGAAAACCAAACCUCUGCAGUCUAUGUUUCUAACAUUUUGUACUCAAACAUAAAGGGUACAUAUGAUGUGAGAAGCGCACCAGUGCAUUUCGCUUGCAGCGACUCUGUCCCUUGUACAAACUUGACGCUUUCGCAUGUGGAACUCAUUCCCUCCAAAGGAAAAGUAGUACGAGAUCCAGUUUGCUGGAAUGCUUACGGAACUAUGCUGACACAGAUCAUUCCACCGGUCUUAUGUUUGUUGGAGGGAAGUCCACUAACCAUGCGGCAGAGUGAGGUUCUUUGUUAAUCAAUUUGGAUCAUAUAUUAUCAACUAAAAUAGAUUUAGACUUUCAGAUACCAAAUGUUAAAUGAAGAAUAUUAGAUUCUAGGAUAUAAAUCGUGAAAAUGACAGUAGAAAAAUGUCAACUUGUAUUUUGUAAUCUCAAAUGAAGCCCAAAGGGUAUUUAGUCACUUCCUUUGAGUCUGUCAUGUGCACUUUGCCUUGUAUUUUUAAUGAUGUUAUUGAUCACUUUUGGUGGCAACUACCAGAUUUGGAUAUA